AUGGUUCUGACGAGCCUCGGGAAGAUAAGUUUCGUGCGAACGCUGUCGAUCGCCUUCGGCAUGGGGCCCUGCUGCGCCUGCGAAGAGCAGAGUGGCGACACACUGCACGUGGUGCAGCUCUCCAGUGAGGCGAUAAUUCCACCGGUGCAGCAGCUCUCGGCCACCGACACAUUUGACAUGACAAUUUCUCCCAAGGAUGCCACAGAUUGCCUUGGGAAAUGGGCGACGACGGAGAGGUCACCUAUACACCACUUGAGGUCCCGCAUCCAGCUGCCGCGCCUCCGGCGACUGACUCGAGGCUACGAAGGCGAGCGCAAUCCUGAGCACCAGCAGGAGCUGUUGCUGCUGUUCCAGGAUUUCGUGUUGGAGCUGGUGAGCGGGCUGUACCUGACGACUCAGACGGACAGCAAGGAGUAUGCAGACAUCCACUGCCAGCUGCAUCACGACCUCCAGACACUGACCCUGAAUUUGGGGGGCGACUGUGUGACUGAAUAUCCGCUGACUGGCGUUUUGAAGAUCUACCGAAUCAUCAAGCACCGGGAUAACUUCAGCGCCAAGAGAGCUGUUGAAGCGAACCCUUUGACAAGUUUCCCUUUCCAGAAGAUGGAACAUGUCGUUGUGCUGGAAUUCAGGAGCCUCAGCUCAACUUUGUCAGGGGGGACUGCUGUGUAG